GAUGAGUAUAUUUUAUAGUCUCCGUAAGUAACCAGAAAACCGUACAUCCCCAUGAUUGCAGCUUAAAUAUAAAACUAAUUCUCUUUUUUUAAAAAAAUUAACUUAUAUAAAAUACUAACCAAUCACAUCUUCGUUAAAAAAAAAACUAACAACCAAUCAUAUUUUUCUUAAAGAACAAAACGUAUAUUAUGAAGCAGAUAAAAAAAACUCAGCCUAUGCACCGUAGUUAGAAGACAAAAAAAACACAGCUGUCCCCAGUUAAAAGACCAGCUGCAUUCCCACGACCUAGAUAAUAACUCUUCGAAGACAGGACAAAGAAGUAGCUGAGGAUAAAAGCGGGUGAAUUUUUUCCAGAACUUCAGUCAUCGACCAACCUUUCUACUGAGAACUUCACUCAUCAACCAACUUUUCUACCGAGAACUUCACUCAUCGACUAAGAACUUAACUCAUCAUGUCUGACAUCGACGUCUUUACUAAUGUCCCUGUUGGGAGAGAUUCCAAUUACUUCCGGUAUAGUGUCCGUGAAAGGAAAGAUCGCUUACGCUUCUCAAGAAGCUUGGGUGUUCAACGCAACUAUCAGAGAAAACAUCUUGUUUGGAGAAAAAUAUCAAGAAGAGAAAUAUAGAAAAAUUUUGCAUAUAACGGCUCUAGAAAAGGAUAUUAGCUUGUUUCCUAAAGGAGAUCUGACAAUCGUAGGAGAGAAAGGAGUGAUAAUGAGCGGUGGGCAGAAGGCAAGAAUUAAUUUAGCAAGAGCGCUAUAUGUGGAUGCCGAUAUUUUCCUCCUAGAUGAUCCACUAAGUGCUGUUGAUGUUCCAGUGGCAAAACAUAUCUUCGAAAAGUGUAUAAUGGAAUAUUUGAAAGACAAGAUAUGCAUUCUCGUUACGCAUCAAAUACAAUUUUUGAACCCUGCGUGUAAAAUUUUAGCGUUAAAGAAGGGUAAAUGUGAAUUUAUUGGAAAUUUUAAACAAUUGGAAAGUUUAGAAACGCAUACAGGAAUAUUACGAAAGGAAGAAGUCUCUGAAAACAGCAUUGAUUUAGAGAGUGCGGUUUUUAAUAAUGAUGAUGAUAGAAUUGGAAGUUUUCAAUGUGAAAUGAAUAAUGAUAUUGAAGACAGAAACAAGAGUAAUGAGGAAACGGAAAAUAAUCAAACUCAACGUGGUAAUGAAAAAGUUAAGAAACCAGGAAUUUCAGUUUAUAAAUCAUACAUCAAUGCCGGAGCAGGACUUUUUUUCAAGAUUGUUAUCUUAUCCAUGUUAAUUAUAUCGCAAUCCUUUACAAGUGCCAGCGACUAUUGGCUAAUCAAAUGGUUGCAAGAUAUUAGAAUCUAUAGCCACAGCAUAGAGAAUUUCGAAAAUAUUACAUCUAACACAAGUGUUUUUCACAACAUUGAAUACAAAAAUUAUUAUCACACUGAAGAAUUCAACAUGUAUGUUUACGUUGGAUUGAUAUGUGCCGUAUUUCUAACGACUUUAGCUUCUGGAUUAUUGGUAUACAGAUUCUUUACAAUUGCUUCUUUCAAGCUGCAUAACAAUAUGUUUCGUUGUAUCAUUCGAACUCCAAUAUCAUUUUUGGAUAACAAUCCCGUUGGAAAAAUUUUAAUUCGGUUUUCUAAAGAUGUUAAGUCCAUGGAUGAUUUGUUACCUUUCUAUAUUUUCAUGCUGAUAAGAGGAUGUUUUCUAGUUGUUGGCGCAUGUGUUCUUCAAGCGAUACUCUGUCCUUAUCUAUUUAUAUUGAUUGCUGUCCUUAUAGUAAUAUUCUGUGCUCUGUGGACCAUGUUUAGCCGAGUGUUGAAAAGCGUAAAACAUUUGGAAGGAAAAUUUUAUCUAAAGCGAGAUAUAUUUAUGCACAUAGGAAUUGUCGGGAGAACAGGAGCUGGAAAGAGUUCAAUAAUUGCUUCGUUAUUUCGCAUGACGGAGCCAACGGGAACAAUCACCAUCGAUGGAAUUGACACUGAAGAAAUCGGUCUUCGAGAUCUACGUAGUAAAAUAUCCAUCAUUCCUCAA